CCAAUUUCUUUCCCAACAACAACCCGCAUAAAAUACCUCACCUCACCAGCUUUCAACUCCGUAGGUUAUACACCUUCGUCUCCGCCUCCUCCGACGAAAUUCUCCAUUCCCAACUAUAAUUCGCCAUGUUCAAAUCGUUCGUCCCUCGCGCUUCGCGAUCGCUCCUCCGGCCCGUGUCGUCCUCCACCUACGCUCCUUCAGCAUUCUACCUUGUGCCACGACGAGGUUUUGCCUCUGAGGCAGAGGAGCACGAUCUUAUCGUGAUCGGUGGUGGACCCGGUGGUUAUGUUGCUGCCAUUAAGGCGGCGCAAGAGGGGUUGAAGACUGCCUGCAUUGAGAAGCGCGGAGCUCUCGGAGGAACGUGUUUGAACGUUGGAUGUAUUCCGUCAAAAUCGCUCCUUAACAACUCGCACAUCUACCACCAGAUUCUUCACGAUGUCAAGAACCGUGGAAUUGACGUUGGCGAUGUGAAACUUAACCUUACCCAGAUGAUGAAGGCGAAGGAGACCUCCGUCACCGGAUUGACCAAGGGUAUCGAAUACCUGUUCAAGAAGAACGGAGUCGACUACGUCAAAGGUACUGGUACCAUCACCGGAGAGAACGAGAUCAAGGUCAACAUGUUGGAAGGUGGGGAGAAGACUUUCCGCGCGAAGAACAUCAUCAUCGCCACCGGUUCGGAAGCGACUCCUUUCCCCGGCCUUACCAUCGAUGAGCAGCGUGUCGUCACCAGCACCGGCGCCAUCGCCCUGCAGGAGGUCCCUAAGAAGAUGGUCGUCAUCGGAGGUGGCAUCAUCGGUCUCGAGAUGGGAUCCGUAUGGUCUCGUCUGGGAGCUGAAGUCACCGUCGUCGAGUAUUUGGGUGCCAUUGGUGGACCCGGUAUGGAUGCGGACAUGGCCAAGACGAUGCAGAAGAUUCUCACCAAGCAGGGCAUGAAGUUCAAGCUCAACACCAAGGUCGUCAGCGGAGACGUCGGUGGCGAGAGCGUUGGCGUAAACAUUGAAGCUGCCAAGGGCGGAAAGGAGGAGACUCUUGAUGCCGAUGUUGUCCUCGUUGCCAUCGGCCGCCGGCCCUACACCACCGGUCUCGGCCUCGAGAACGUCGGAAUCGAGGUCGACGAGCGGGGCCGUGUCGUCAUUGACCAGGAGUACCGCACCAAGAUCCCCCACAUCCGUGCCAUCGGUGACGCCACCUUCGGCGCCAUGUUGGCGCACAAGGCCGAGGAGGAGGGUAUCGCCGCUGUCGAGUACAUUUCCAAGGGACACGGGCAUGUCAACUACGGUGCCAUCCCCAGCGUGAUGUACACUCACCCUGAGGCCGCUUGGGUCGGCCAGACCGAGCAGGAGGUCAAGGCUUCCGGCAAGGCUUACAACAUUGGAACUUUCCCCUUCUCCGCCAACUCCAGGGCGAAGACCAACUUGGACACCGAGGGAAUGGUCAAGUUCAUCGCCGACAAGGAGACUGACAGAAUCUUGGGUAUCCACAUCGUUGGCCCCAACGCCGGUGAGAUGAUCGCCGAGGGAGUGUUGGCCAUCGAGUACGGUGCCUCGUCUGAGGACAUCGGACGAACGAGUCACGCCCAUCCCACACUUUCGGAGGCGUUCAAGGAGGCAGCUAUGGCUUGCUACUCGAAACCCAUCCAUGCAUAAACGAGCGAAGUGUGCCAUGUCCUUUGCAUUUCUGACUUUUCCUUUCUCUCUUGCUGGUGUUACGAAUGAUAUCUAUGGCUUCUGUGUGUUAUUUCAGGAUGGAAAAUGCGGUGGCGCCUACAUGGGAGUCUCGAUGUAGGGCAACAUAUUCGUAGUUUGCGACAGGGGACGCUUGUUGUCGAAAGCGUUUUGUCGUGUCAUCGUGUGGUGCUGGAACGAUUGGAAAAUAGUGUUUUUCAUCACUUUUUAAACCAUUCCCCACCACACGAAGAGAAAGAGAGAUGAUACGAUUCCUGUUUGUGAUUUGUAAUAUACUGUUUAGUGCGACGCGCUGUAGAUGGCUGUUCAAUGGAAUGCUUGUCAAGGAGAUGACUUGA